CAUCGGGAUUGAUGGGGAUGUUUCCAUCAUGGCGGCAUCCAUUUCAGGUUACACUUUUAGUUCUGUGUGUUAUCACAGCGCAAACAGCAACUCAGAUCACGAGGGCUUCCUAUUAGGAGAAGUAAGGCAAGAAGAGACGGUCAGCAUCAGUGACACACAGAUCAGCACGGCAGAAUUGAUCCAGGUAGUAGAAAUCCAUAACCAUGAUCCUUGUGCACAGUUGUUUAGCUUUUAUGACUACGCAGGCAAAAUCAAUGAAGAAAGUCUCAACAGUAUUCUUAAAGAUAGACGGAAAAACGUCAUCGGUUGGUACCGGUUCAGGAGGAACACGCAGCAGCAGAUGUCGUUCAGGGAACAGAUCAUCCACAAACAGCUGACUCAGCUGCUUGGUGUACCCGACCUCGUCUUCCUUCUUUUCAGCUUCAUCUCAACCGCAAACAGCUCAACACACGCGCUGGAGUAUGUGCUCUUCAGACCUAACCGCAGUAGGUACAACCAGAGGAUCACCCUGACGAUCCCAAACCUCGGCAACACGAGCCAGCAGGAAUACAAAGUCUCCUCAGUGCCCAACACCUCACUAAACUACACCCAGGUCAUUAAAGAGCAUGGGGCUGAAUUCUUUGACAAAGAUGGUGUGAUGAAGGAUAUCCGAACAAUAUUCCAAGUAUACAGCGCACUACAAGAUAAAGUGCAGGCUGUGUGUGGGGAGGUAGAACAAAGCGAGCGAGUGAGGGAGAAAAUCCAAGAGGAUGUGAACAAACUCAAACAACAAAUUGCUCUCAGGAAACGCAAGACUGCAGAAGAAGAGAGAAAGCUCCGUGAGUCCGAAAAUGCAGACUCCCACCCUACUUCAGAGGAGAACACAGACCCGUCUGAGGCUUCUUCUCAGUCCAGGAUAAAUUUCCACACACCCCCUGCCCCCGAGCGGCCCAGUACCUCACCUAACCCCCCAUCUUAUGCUGACCUCUUGACCCAGGAUGACUCUCUGCUCUCCUCUUCUUCCCCACCCACGAGCGCCGCUCUUCUGCCUCGGCCCCAAGCUGUGGGCUCUCCAGGACACCCCACCCCAGGCCCACUGGGGAUUGGCCUGGGCCUUGGCCUGGGCCUCGGCGCCAGCUCUAAUCCUGUUACCACUCCCAGCAGCCCGUACCUUGGCAAUGGUGAUGGAUCAAGCUCUGACUCGUUAGACAGACAAGCUGCAGGGCAGGAGGAUGAUGAAGAGGAUGACGAUGAUGAAGAAGAUGAGGACAGUAGCGAAUACGAGAACUUAUUGAGUGAAGCCCCACACCUGCCCUUGGUCUCUGCUAGUGUUUUAGCGCAAGGUCGACCAGCUGCGCUAAGUCCUGAUGGGGACGCUCGUGGCUCCCAGACCACAUAGAAUUAUGCCACAGGGUGUGUACAGGACACAAAUUAGUGACACACCUUGAGAGGUUGGCAUCUCAAGCAAUCAAAGAUAGACAAAAGAAGUGCCAGUCCUGAAAGUGAACGGCAUGCACAGGUGGUGUCCCGCUGUGAGUAUUUCUCCUCGUCUUAGUCUGUUCUCCCUUUCAAGGGGAAACUUUGCUAGGCUUUGCAGGCUCAACUGGUGUGUUUCUCACAAGGGGAAAAGGCAUCUGAUUUCAUUGUUUUCUUUUUGAAAUGGGGCCAGUCUUGGUAUUCCAGUGUGGAUGUGUAUGGUUUCAGAAAUAGAUUUUACAGAGACAUUUAUGCCAACAGGUUGGCAAGCUGGCUCUCUUAAAGACAGGCCCCACUCCGCUCUCUCUGUAUCUUUAUUAUUCUUUUUAGUUUCACAUUGGCAUCACCAACUCCGAGCACUCAAUCUUCUAUUACCUCUUGCACAUUUAUUUUGGCCUCCCUUUAAUCAAUCUUAGAAAAUUAAUGGGACAACAUUUUGUAGCCUUCACGUAAUUUUUAAAAUCAAAAUAGGCAAAUGGUCAUUAAGGUUUUAUUUUUUUAUUUUGAAAAAAGAGAUAUAUUUGUAAUUAGAAUUUAUUUUACAUGCACAUUUUUAAAUUUUAUGUUGGACUUACGUUCUUUUCAAUGUUCCACAGUUUUUCGUUAAUCAUACAGUUGCCUAUUUAAAUGAUAAAGAUUAGAUUUCAAACUAAAUUUACUCUGCCACUUCUUUAAUGGGUGCUUUAUAUAUACAUAUAUACUAUAUAUAUAUAUUUUGUUGAUUAACGGUUAAUCAAAUUUGAUUGACAAGAAUGUCAAUGUCUUGUUCCUCUUGGAUAACACUGAAACUGUAUGCGCUUUGCUGCACUUAACAACAUUUAAGAUUUCUUUAUAAUCGUGCUUUACCAAUGCUGAGAUGUUGUGCCACUUGAGUCGUCCUCUUUCACCACCCUGAGCCAAACUGAGCUCAGCUAUUUGUGUGUUGUAUGGGGUUCACAGGGCAAACACAAUGUACUGUAGCUUUACUAACUAGAUGCUUAAGGUUCCCUUUCUGCUGCUGCAACCCAGAGAGCUACCACUAAAAAAAAAAAAAACUGCAUCGGUCUGUCUCUUCUUCUUUACAUAAAAACUUGGCUGCUACUUCCAUUUCACAGUGCUGGUUGUCUCCAAAACUACUGACAGUGACCGUAUAACCACUUUAAGUUCACUUCUGACUCUUUCUCUGUUCAAGUCAAUAAUGGAAGGCUGAUAGCAGACCUCAUGUAUCCUGGCCUGGUCGGGUCAUUGUUACGUGCACGGACCUGGAUAAUGUGACGAAACAUUGUAACCUUGCUUCAGUAUACAGUGCCUUCCACUCAGGGCAGUUUCUGUCUGCACAUGGAACACAUUCACAGAUCUCUUUUUAUUUAAGGGUUAAAAUUAUAACAAAUGUGUUGUGUUUGAAAUAAUCCACUUCUAGCUUUUUUUUUUAAAUUUUCACUUGUAUGUCUCCUUUCUCGCUUUGUUCUCUUUUGUCUACCUGAAACGAUCCUUCCUAAAGCUAUUUCUUCCUUUAUUUACUUUCACCGAUAACUUCUAAGCGGACCUGAUUGCAGCUGUGGCUUUGCUUGCUUUAUCAUUUGAAACUGGAAUUUGAACUAUAAAGUCAAAAGGAAUCUGCUAUCAACUGAUACUUCCAGCAAGGCAGAGUGGGUAAUAAUGAGCAUGACGGACAUGCAGAUGUUUUUUAUUUUUUAUUUUAUUUUUUUUAAAUUCUGGCCCGUUUGAAAACAAAUGAAUUAAAAGAUGUUGAGAGAUUGAGUGCUGGAUGCAGGACGCCCUCCUUGCAUGAACUGGUCAGCUCUCUACACCGUUAUAUUCAGCAUGGACAGACAUCUGCACUGCACAUGCAGGAUGUCUCACAUCCGCAGGUUUCACUCAGUUUUGGAAAGGAGGGCAUUUUUGUGGUGAGAGAAGGUUUUUGCCUUGUGAACAAGCUCUGCUUUAUAUACACAGUGUGUUUGUAUGUAAUAUUUUCUGCCUUUGGGUCAUUAAAUUUGCCCUGAUGUGUUAUGCCAAUGCAUCACUUCAGGAACUGGCACUCAAAAUGUUACUAAAUAAUCACCAACAGUAACACAAUCACACACUGUUUAAAGAAAUGACUAAAUCAGUUUGUUAGGAGUAUGGUUUCCUUUGAGUACUGGAAUAUAGUAAGGAAAAGUUUAAUGAAUGUAUAUUAGGGGGUGGGGGGGUAGCAUUUAAACAGCACUUACUGUAUACGCUUGUUUCAGAUGUUGUGGUGGUAUAGAGCAGAAGUUCUCAAUGUUUCUCCUCACUUUUUAUCCUGGUCCUCAGUCCCUGGAUGUCUUUAUUUCUUGUUAUCCCCAGGUGUAACUCUGAAUUUGUGGACGGACUAAAAACCAGCAGAGUUCUGGUACUGAGGACCACUGGCAUACGCAUGAGAGGAUUUACAUUGUAAGGAUCGUUUACCUUCCAAUUUCCAACUUAAUAGAAAUAUACACUCGCGUACUCUCACUGUAUGGGUUGACCCUUCCCUUUGUUCCCUUAAUGGGCCAUUGCAAAAUCAACACCUGCCUGAAAGCACAAAGUCCAGUGCACAGCUUAGAUCUUCUCAGCUUUUAUCUGGAUAUGUGAACUUGACAAAAGCAGACCAAGGACUUGCUUGGAAGAGCACAGAGAAAUAUGGUUCUUAAAUGGAGGACAAUAAAUGAGACAUGCAUAUGUGA